AUGAAGAGGACUCGCAGAGUGACUACUGAGGCUUCAUCAUCUCGACCUGAUAGACAGCGUCCUACAACCUCAACGAGGAGACAGAGAGCGGCUCCCCAAGAUCACUUUGAGGAUACUACAGAGGUUGAAGAUGUAGCUGCUACUCAUGAUAGUAAUGUUGAGGUACAUGUUGAGCCUACUGAGCCAUCUCGAGUAGGUCCCAUUGAUCCAUGUUUACUUACGAGUUUUAAAACCCACGUAGCAGCUACAAUUUGGAAUAACCAAGAACAUGAGCUCCUUAGGUGCAUGUCGAAGACAUCUACCCUUCUUGAGUGGAAUUGGUGGGGUAAUCCAAAUAAUGGUAUAUUCAAAGGGUACAUUCAGAGGUCUGGAUUAGAGCAACUUAUUAGGUGUUCUUAUCGGAAUGCAGAUAAGAUUGUGGUAUCUACAUUCGUUGAGAGGUGGCAUCCCAAAACGAACACCUUUCACAUGCCUUUUGGUGAGAUGACCAUCACAUUGGAUGAUGUGUCAUCUAUUUUAGGCAUUCCUGUGUCUGGUGCAGUGGUUGCUCCGCUUGAAGAUGAUAAUGACACAAAUUUCGAGUUGCUAGUUAAUUACUUAGGAGUGACUGAUGAAGAAGCUACUGAACAAUUGCACCAAUACAGUGAUGAGGUGACUAAAAUAUCUCUAGGUUUCACCAAACUCUUAGACAUGUCCAUCAACAAGGCAUUCUCCUCUUGA